GCGUUCAGAACGCGAUCGUUCCGAGAAUUUAUUCUAUAUAUAGAAAGUUGUAGAAAAACUGAAAAUCUAUUUUGGUUUUACAUACAUAAGCUACAAAAAGCAGAAAAAUAAUAUAAAUAAAUAGAAAUACCUCAGCGAAAAUAACUUUUAACGAAACAGUCAAUAGUUAACUCAAUCAGCUAAUAACAUUGAAAGGCUGCAGCAAGUGAUGUAAUAGAAACAGAAUCGAGGAGAAGAGGAGCAAAGCAAUUCGCAUAAUAUUUACAAAAUAAAUCAAAGAGAAGUCGGCAAGGAUAGAGAGAGAGAGAGAGAAGGAUGUCCAAGAAGUUAAGCGUGCGCUCCUUGAGCGACAGUUCGCUGGCCGAGUUGGCGAAUCUCUUGGUGUCCACGAUCAGCUACGUCCAGUAUGCGCCCGAUGUCAACCUGGACAUCAGCAUAGUCAUGGUCGAGUUGAACGAGUACUUGUCCCAGGCGGGCGCCACGUCGAACAUCUACCAGGAUCUGCUGCGCGUCAUUCUCAGCUCCGACUACUUGGAUGCGAACAUGCGCUUUACCUGCUUGCAAAUGCUGCUGAAUUGCGGCGUCCACCUGCUCGUCACGGAAGUCUUUCCGCCCAGCUACUAUGAGAAAAUCCUGCAGGUGAUCGCAGCGCAAGGAUCUGCCUUGCGCGUGCUCAAUCUAAAGGGGAUUUGGGUGAAGGAGGAGCACAUGCACUACAUGUACGAGAUAGUGAGGCGCUGCAAGCAGCUGAUCAAGCUCUACGUGCCCUAUAUAGCGAACGAUCAGCUCCUGGAGGAGAUCGCCGCGAACUGCAAUCAGCUUGAGAUCCUGGACAUAUCGGGGGAGACGGACAUCACAGAGAUCGGCAUCGAUUUGCUAACCAAGGGCAGCUGUGCGCAGUCCCUGACCGUCGUGGACGUGGGCAUGCCUGGCGAGGAGAAUAUUUGUUACUCUGACAUAGCUCUAAUCCUCGAGCACUGUCGGCAUGUGGAGACCCUAUCGACCUACUCCUUUGUAGGAGCUGCCCUGAAGUUCAUCCACGACAACAUCGACAGAAGCUUCCAGUGCAAACUGAAGUAUGUCCACGACACGGCGACGGACGAAACGCAGCUGCAGGUUAUUGUGCAGUCGUGUCCCCAGCUGGACACGCUGUACCUGGACUCGCCCAAGCUGGGAGCACUGCGCGCCCUGCAGGCGAAGGCCUUGCGAAAGCUGAAGAUUUGCAAAUUUGUGGUCGCCGAGCUGAUGUCCCUGCUGGAGAAGCCAAUUGGCCGGAACUUGAGGCACCUGACCAUCAUCAAGGGAUCGGGCAACCUGGAGCUGGGCAAGCUAGCUAGACUGUGCCCCAUCCUCGUCGAUCUGGAUUGCUAUGUGAUCGAGAGUCUCUCCUAUGCUCAGAACCAGACGCGAUUCCAACAUCUCGAAGGACUCGAGAUUCUCAGCUGCGAAAUGAUGACCAGCUCCCUCAAGGCGUUCCUCUGCAGUGUCACAGACCUGAAGCGCUUGGCAGUCGAUUCUGUCGACUUUACAGAUGAAGAUAUCGUUAGCAUGUUUGCUCAACACGAUUUUAAGGUCUUGGAGGAUAUUUGGUUUACGAUCGCACCAGAGCUAACGGUACAAUCUGUUGAGCUUCUCAUGUUCAGCUGCCCGGAGCUUCAGAGUGUGGGCCAACUGACCGGCUGGUCCUUAUCACCAGAUGACUUAUCCCUAAUACGUGGCCUGCUCAAGAGUGGCAACUCAAGCCUUCGCCUUCAGUAGACGUCAACGGGCUGACGACGGAUCGUGCCGGAAAUAUUUUACAUUUAAAACAAAUUAUUUAUUUUUAAUUCGUGCUUUGUGAUAUG